AUGUCAAAUGUCACAGCUAAGUCAAUACAGAACAUCACCUUCAACCAAACAAACACAUGUUUCGCGGUUGCCAUGGAGACAGGCUACAGAGUUUACAACUUAGAGCCGCUAGCAGAGCUGACUCAGGGUUCAUUUGAAGAUUUUGGGUCAGUGCGGAUUGUUGAAAUGUUGCACCGCAGUAACUUUAUAGCACUAGUUGGUGGUGGUUAUCAGAGUAAAUUCAGCGCUAAAAUGGUCCGGAUAUGGGACGAUAGGGAAAAGACAUUUAUUUUAGAGUUCUCGUUUGAUUCACUGAUUAGAGCUGUGAAGAUGAGACGAGAUAAGCUGAUAGUUGUGCUGACCAACAAGAUUUAUGUAUUCAGUUUUCCUGACGACCCCAAACACUUGCAAACAAUAGAGACACGCAGCAAUGCGCGCGGGCUGUGCCAACUUUGUCCUAGUCUCAGUAACUCUCUGAUGAUAUUCCCUGGCACGCGCGCUGGCAGUCUACAGCUAUUUGACGUGUCCACUGCGGGGGCUGCAGUUGGUGCUACUUCUACUCCUCCUACUAUAAACGCUCACAGAACAGACUUACAAUGUAUUGCAAUCAAUCACAGCGGAGGACUGGCAGCAACUGCAAGUGGUAAAGGGACACUGAUACGCGUGUUCGAUCUGAAAACCAGGCUACUUGUCAUUGAGUUGAGGCGCGGAACUGAUACCGCUACUGUUCAGAGCAUUACUUUUAACGAGGACAGUUCUUAUCUCUGCGCUAGCAGUGAUAAGGGCACAGUUCACAUUUUUGCUAUCAAGAAUCCCGAGUUGAACAAGAGGUUAACUGUUGCGAAUGUUGGGUAUCUGGGGCGCUACGCUGGUUCCCAGUGGGGUAUGACUUCCUUUGCGCUGCGUUCUGAGUGCCCGUGUAUCUGCGUGUUUGCGCCACCUGGCUGUACGCCAGGCACUGCUGUGAGAAAUGCGGUGAUAGCGCUUUGUUUUGAUGGCACAUAUCACAAGUAUGUGUUCACGGCUGAUGGAAACUGUAAUCGUGAGUCGUACAAUGUCUUUCUAGACGUGACACAGGAUUUGGAGAUUUGAAUGGAGAGUUGUUUAAUUCAUUAAAAUAUCUUCAUUCUUUAAAUUUGCUAAGAAAUACUAAGUAUUUGUUGUUCUUACUAAUUUCAAAUGUUCUUUCAUGAUUUAAUUUUCCGAUUGUACAUUUUGUCAAUAAUGUUUGCAUCCAUGCGAUAGUUUCAGUUCUGCAUUGAUGAUAGUGCCAAGGUUUGUUUCCAAAACUAUAGUUAAUGAUUUUGUUAUGAUUUGUUUUGUUAACGAUUUUUUAUAUAUUGACUCAAAGAUGAAAGAUUUUGUUAUCUUGAUUCUCCAGAAUUUAAA